CCGGCCAGUCUUUGUGCAGAUCAUAACCAUAACCCAUAACGUGCAACAGCCGACUCAACGUGUUCCGUCUUGUUUUCAAGGCAUUUUUCAUUUUUAUUCGUGAUGGUUUUAGAUUAUAUAUUAUGUUAGCGCCAGACUACGCGUAUUCGCGAUUUGUGAUACAUAAUUUGUAAGAAAUAUGCAGUUAGCGAAUAGUGUAAAGAAAAUAAAAAUCAUCUUUGUAAAAUCAUCUUUGGAAAAUUCUGGCGUCUUUUUCCACAAGAAGGAAAAAAGAAAUGAUAACAUUGACAAUAAUAAUAUCACAUCGGAUAUUAUUGACAAUUGUAUUAUCAACAAUGUUCAAGUUCAAGAAGAAAUACGCGUCAAGCUUGACCAUAUGGAAGUUAAAUUAGAUCGUAUCUUAAGGAAGCUCUUUCCAGAAGAAGUAAAAUUGAAGCGACCACGCGGAAUUCCUGCAUUUCCUUUACGAACUGAACAAGAGUGGAAUACUUUGGAAAAUAUUCUCGCAGAUGACAAUACAUUUACAUAUGUAGUGGUAAAUGUCUUCGCGGCAAAAAUUAAAAACCUGGAAUCAGAGGUUGCUGCUGUACAGUCUGUACUCCCUAAAAUAAUUACAAAUUCCCUUGCCAGAUGUAUUAGCUGGGCAGGCACUCAGAAGACCAAAAUUGCUUUUAAUAGCAGCAAAACAUAUGAGGCUAUUCAAGCCACUAUUUUGCUGAAGUUUGGUAAUACAGCUGAUCUAGAUAAAUCCGAAAAUUACGUGAAGCGCUGGUUUAGCACAAGUGCUCAGCGAGUGGUGUAAAUGCGUUUCAUAAAAAUAGAUAUUGCUAAAAUGUGAUAUAUAUACAUAUAUAUUAUUAGUACUUGUUUUACGCAGCAAUUUAUAUAAUGUGCAAUUUAACUAUAUAUAAAAUAAAUAUAUAAGCAAGC